AUGGGUGACGACGCCAACACACCGCGCGCGCGGAAGCUCGCCCACGACCGCGACGCCAAGCGACUUCAGCGACAAGCCUACAUUGACGAGGUCUCGGCGCUCCGACAGUCCAUCCUCGACCUCACGCGCCAGCUUUAUGUGCUCCGCGGAACGCUCGUCGCAUGGCAAGAUGUCGCUCAUGAGCUCCACCAUGUCUCCGAGGUCACGCGUCUCGAGAACCAGCAGCUCCACGACCAAGUCGCGCAGUACCGACGACUCGCCAACCACCUGCAUGACUGGAUACGGACCAUGACCCCUAGCACUGACGGCGCGCGCCUCUCGCCGAGUCCGUGGCCCGAGGUGACGCUGCCACGCCACGAGGAUAUCCGCCACAUCGGCUUUCGCUGGCUGGCGCAGCAGCUGCUGACGGCCGCCGAAGCCAACCUCGCGCCGUCGUUCUUUCCACAGACGCACGAAGACUCGAUCAAGGUCGAGUGGGGCCGCAAGGGCCGCAAGUUUAUCUUUCAAAAGGUGCUGCACGCGCCGUCGGCGAUGGUGUCGAGAGCCAUCUGGGCCAUGAAUGGCGCCGAGGGGCCACGAAGCUUGACCGCUUUUGACGACCACGAACCGAGGGUCCAGGUGCUGCAUGCAGAGACGAACGAUACGCAUCAACUGAGCUACAUCCAGGAGUCUCUCGGCAACAUCGUGGUUCAGCGCGUCUUUCAUGUUCGCAUUUUUCUCGACGAACGCACUGUGAUUGCGCACCGAACGAUCGCGUCAGACGAGGCGCUGCAACCGUACGACCACGACGAGUCGUUCCAAGAAUGGUGCGGCUUUGCCAACUUCCUCGUCCGUCCGCACGGUCAGUCGAUUCGACUUUUUGUAGGUGUGAGAUUUUCGUCGCUCGCCGCGUACAUGCAGACGCUGUACCCAGCGCAGUACGCCCUCGCGCUCGCGAACGAGGACGGGCACAGCGAGGGUAGCCCGUCGUGGGAGCCCUACUUGCAUCGCGUCAUGCUGACGUAUGGCAUCGCAUGCGCGCGGCAGUGCUUUGAAGUGCUAGAACGUGUCUUGGCACACAGCGUGCUGACGCGACGAUAG